CGAUCCGGCAAAACGAAAACGAUGCGCGCGAGCGGCGCCGCGAGCCCACCACCAUCCUCCGCCACCACCACCACCACCACCACCACGCUACUAGUACCCUCCUCCUCCGUCGCCAUGCCGCCCCCUCGCCUCGCCCACCUCCGCCGCCGCAGCAGCAGCCUCCUCCUCCUCCACCACAACCACCACCACCACCGCGGCGGCGGCAGCGCCCCUCCCCACCCUCUCCUGCGCCCGCCGCCGCCGCCGCAGUCCCACCCCUUCCAGCUCCUCACCCCGCGCGCCGCCAUGGCCAGCGUCGCGCAGCCAGGAGUCGCGGCGGGGUCGGCGGAGUACGAGGAGGUGCUGGGGUGCAUCUCGUCGCUGAUCACGCAGAAGGUGCGGGCGGACACCGGCAACCGUGGGAACCAGUGGGAGCUCAUGGCCAAGUACCUGCAGAUACUGGAGCUGGAGGAGCCGAUCGCGCGGUUGAAGGUGGUUCAUGUCGCAGGGACGAAAGGGAAGGGUUCAACAUGCACAUUUGCCGAGUCAAUUCUUCGAUCAUGUGGUUUCCGCACUGGGUUGUUCACCUCACCACACUUGAUGGAUGUUCGUGAGAGAUUUCGGCUUAACGGGUUGGACAUUUCGGAAGAAAAGUUUAUAAGGUAUUUCUGGUGGUGCUGGAACAAACUGAAAGAUAAGACUGGUGGUGAUAUUCCAAUGCCAGCCUAUUUUAGAUUCCUUGCGCUGCUAGCAUUCAAGAUAUUUUCUGAUGAGCAGGUGGAUGUAGCUGUGCUUGAGGUUGGUUUGGGAGGAAAAUAUGAUGCAACGAACGUGGUCAAAGCACCUGUAGUUUGUGGAAUAUCUUCCCUUGGAUAUGAUCACAUGGAGAUUCUUGGAAAUACGCUAGGAGAAAUUGCUGGGGAGAAAGCCGGAAUAUUAAAGAAAGGAGUUCCAGCAUAUACAGUUCCACAACCAGAAGAGGCAAUGUCUGUACUGAAGCACAGAGCUUCUGAAUUGGGUGUUCCUCUUCAAGUAGUCCAGCCUUUGGAUCCACAACAAUUGGAUGAUCAACCUCUUGGGCUACAUGGUGAACACCAAUACAUGAAUGCUGGCCUUGCAGUCGCAUUGGUUAAUACCUGGCUUCAAAGGCAAGGGCAUUUCAACAUACUACAUAAGAAGCAUUCUGUUACCUUGCCAGAUCAAUUCAUCGAAGGGCUGUCAAGUGCUUGUUUGCAAGGACGAGCACAGAUUGUUCCAGAUCCGGAAGUGCUGUCCAAAGACAGCAGUUCCUUAAUUUUCUAUUUGGAUGGAGCACAUAGCCCAGAAAGUAUGGAAAUUUGUGCGAAGUGGUUUUCCUGUGUUACAAGAAAGGAUGAACAACAACCAGGCCCUUUGGAUCAGCUACAUAUUGGCACCAAUUCUAGGAAGAUUCUCCUGUUCAAUUGCAUGUCUGUAAGAGAUCCUCAAAGACUGCUUCCAUGUCUUCUAGCUACAUGUGCCCAGAAUGGACUCCAGUUUGAUCAUGCCCUAUUUGUGCCAAAUCAAUCUCAAUACAACAAGCUUGGUUCUCAUGCAUCACCACCUUCAGAGCGUGUGCAAAUCGAUCUGUCAUGGCAAUUAUCACUUCAAAGAGUGUGGGAAGGCCUGCUUCAUAGCAAUAAAGGUCUAAAUGGUUCAAACUCCAGUACAGCUAGUUCUGUUUUUGAAUCUCUUCCAUUGGCAAUCAAAUGGCUAAGGGAAACUGCUCAACAAAACCAAUCUACUUCAUAUCAGGUCUUAGUUACUGGCUCCCUGCAUCUUGUUGGUGAUGUAUUGAGAUUGCUCAAGGAGUAACUUCAUCCAGAGUGAUGCAUAGUUCAGAUUGAAAUGGCUGCUUGCAGUAGCACAAGCUGGCCACUACAACAAUUUAUGAUUGGGAUACAAAGCGAAACCACCUGAUUGGAACUUGGAAGAAUUAAAGAAUGAAAGUCGUCUUGAUUCAGAUACUAACCAACUGAAAACUUGUAUUUCUCCAAUUUUCGUGUUUCUGCCUUUCCAGGCAGUGUGUGCCUUGUAGUCUACUGUUGUUCAGAAGAGUGCCACCCAAUUGUGGAAUGUACAAACAUUGAAUAAUUAUAUGAUGUCACUGAUGCCAUUUUUUAGACUUA